AUGGCUUCCACGUCCCCCAAGGAUGGCGCCAUGGCUGAAGUAUCGCCUACCACUCCGCUACCUCCUUCCAAUGGCGGAAUAGCAACUUGGAUGGGGGUCUUUGCGGCCUUCCUACUGUUUUUCACAACCUGGGGAUAUAGCACUGCGUAUGGCGCCUUCCAGCAGUACUAUCAGAUAGGUCCCUUGAGUAGCAGUUCGGCGUCGCAGCUGUCAUGGGUUGGGACUGUCAAUGCCUUCUUGCUCAUCUCCACGGGGGUGGUUGCCGGUCCCUUGUUCGAUCGAGGGUUUCUGAUCCAUCUGAUGACCGCCGGAUGUUUCCUUACGACGUUGGGACUCAUGAUGCUGAGCCUAUCAAGUACCUACUACCAGGUUUUGCUGUCCCAGGGACUCUGCUGCGGCAUUGGCAGUGGGCUGAUCUACGUGCCAGCCCUAUCCCUCGUGUCGAGGAGCUUCUCUACGCGGAGAGCAAUCGCCUUGGGAAUGGUCACCUGCGGUGCCAGUAUAGGCGGGGUGCUUUUCCCCAUCAUCUUCAUUAGGUUACAGCCUCGCAUCGGUUUCCCAUGGACAGUCCGAGUGAUGGGAUUCAUCCAGCUUGGAUGUUCCUGCAUCGCUGUACCUAUCCUCAUGGCCACCUCCAAGCCGAAACGGACGUCUCCUCGCCAUCUCAUCCACUGGCACGCGUUGAAGGAAUGGAGUUUCAACGCAUACGGUGUUGCCAAUUUCCUCAUAUUCAUGGGCUACUUCGUGCCUCUGUUUUACGUGCCGGUGUUCGCAUCACAGGUCCUGCACACCUCGACCGAGAUGGGUUUCUAUCUGCUUUCAGUGCUGAACGCCGGUUCCGCCGUUGGGCGCUUAGGGUCGGCCGCGGUCACGAAGCGGCUCGGAGCCGGUCAAGUCCUCAUCGUCAGUGUGGUGGCUUCAUCAGCGCUACUGUUCGGAUGGAUUAGCAUCACCACAUUGGCUUCCUUCGUCGUCUUCUGCGUCCUGUUUGGCAUCUUCUCCGGCGUGCUGAUCUCUGUGAACCCGCUCGUCAUGGCCCAUCCUGUGGUGUCGCCCACCCCUGCCAUGCUGGGCACGCGCAUGGGCAUGCAGUGGUUUGUCGGGAGUUUGGGAGUGCUGAUUGGGGCACCCAUCGCCGGUGUCAUCGAGACUCGCAGUCCUGGGAAUGGGUACCUAGGGCUACAAGUCUUCAGCGGCGCUGCCAUGACGGGCGGGGCAGUGUUCCUGCUUGGCCCGCUUCUUGCAGUCUGGGGGUAUGAUCGCAGGCUGACAGAGACUGUAUAG